AUGGCCUCAGGAACGCAACCAGCGUACACCGAGUACUACCAUGCAAGUACUGCUGUCCCGGCGGACUCCGAUCCCGGGAACAAGGCACCUUCGAGUACAAGAGAACCUUUUUGGAAGCAGCAGGAAAUGAACGAGACCUACGGCUACCCGUUGGCCACGAACCGCAUGCUGAACUACAGGAACAAGGUCCUCAGCCUCGACAACAAGAACCCCAAGAAGAAGCAUGUGAUAAAGGAGAUUACCCCAGCGGAUGUUGUACCUGCCGGGAUGAGCCAAGAAGGUGAUCACACAGAGCUUUUCACGUUGUGGUCGCAUGUACAUGAGCCCAAUACCAAACCGAGAACGAGAACGAGAUCAACGUCACGAGCUACCUCAAGAAGACGAACGCGUACUCCGAGUUCUACAAGAACAGAAGAAAAAGAACAAAGUUGCAACUACAGUUUUCAUGAUGGUGAUGUCACGGAGUAUAACGAGAACCUAAAGAACGAAGAAGUGCCCCACGUGAACUACUACAAGAACCUUGUGUUUGAGUUGGUUUUGGAGUUUCAAGAGUACCUUGCGAAAGCAGGAAGAAGCCUUGAGCCCGUCGUGAGCUACGUCGUGCGCACGUGUCACCCAGUACUACUUCUACUUGGGACCCCGCUCGGUAUGGUCACUUGGAUCUACCUCUAUUUUUGGGUCAGAGUUAAACAAACAAAAAGAGAACAGUUGAAGAAGAAUGUUUCGAGAAGGAAGUUGCACAGGUCAGUUUGCAGCGUUCUUUUCAAGAAGCGAGUUUGGUUGCAUGUUGUGUUGCUUUACAGUCACAUGCAGAGUGCAGUUGCAAUGGAGGAAGCCUUGCAAAGGCUUACGGACCUCACUGCCCAAAACACACAACAGAUACAAGCACUUGCCCAAGCAAUGAACAGUCAGCAAGCGCAGGCAGGUACCGCUUCACAACAACUACAGGAACUCGCGCAGUCAGUUUCACAACAGCAGAGAGCAAUUACGGAAGCAACCCAAGCAACCAACACAGCACUGUCACAACAAGCAGAGCUUACGGCAAACGCGGUUGCAGCAACAGGAAAGCUUACAGCAGACGCAGUCACAGCACUGUCGCAGCACGCAGAGUCAAGAAGGCCAGGAGAGAUCGACCUCCACAAGAUGAUCAAAUCUCCAGAAGUCUUUGGCCCUACUACGUACAAAGAAGAACGUGAUGGUUUUCUAGAGUUUCGGUUGAAGCUGAGAAGUUGGAUAGGCGCUCUCAACAACGACAUCCUUGAGAAGAUCAAUGCAGCCGAGUUUGCAGCCAGCAUGUCAGGGGACGACUCUCUUGAAAGUAGCCUCAAGAAGGCUCGCGUGCAUGGGGCUUAUGAGGGUCACCAUGUGUCGUCUACGCGUGUUGCAUCCCGAGGGCUUGGAAGCACAGUUAGGAUGCCUUGGGAAAUAGCUUCUACAUUUCUUGACAUGCCUGCCUUGCUCUCGCCUUUCGCCAAAGGGGGAUGCAUUGUGUCAGGGCCAGUAGGGCCGGCCGGUCCUGCAGGGCCGGUGAAGUCGUCUUCGGGAAAGCUUGAGUCACUCAGGCUUGCAGGAGUGAAGGUUCCGAGUGUGCCGGGACAAAGCUGGGAUCAGAAACUCUCUGAGGCGAGGGAAGCAGCUUUGGCAAAGUGGCUAGGGAUUCUUGAAAGGUUCCCUGACGAUUUCGGUCUUUCUCUGUCGAUUCGGCUAGAUAAGGAGAACGGGCGAGACUCUGACUUGAAGUCUUCCUUGCAAGAUGUGUUUUCUCAGAAGGCGAGCGUCACGAUCUCGGGUCGUGCUGGGCCUCUUGCCAGGUACAUCAAGCACUGCCGAAGUUGCCAGGUCAUUCCUUUCCCUGUCACUGAAGCAGGGAUCUAUGCUUUCCUACAGGAUUAUGCAUCUCACGAGGCGCCCACUUUCGCCAGGAGUUUCUUGAGCAGCCUUGCUUUUGCAAAGUUCACUGUGAGCUUGAAGGUGAGUGAUGAAGUCUUCAGCCCCAGGGCCAUCGCUUCCGGCUCAAUCGUGCUCGAGCCUUCAGACCGGGUCGCUGCUGGCUUCUUCGUGUGGACCUUGUAUGCGCGAGCGAGGUACUCGGAUGCCCAAGCUGCGGGUGCAAUGACUUGCGACUUAAGCGAUACGCCGGACGGCACAGUCGGAUACCUGGAGUCCGCUGUUGAGCGAAGCAAGACUUCGUUCUCACUGGAAAGAAAGGUCUGGUAUUUGCACAUGUUUGCUCCCGUCCAAGGAAUAGGUGAGGUGCCCUGGGGUGUCAAGUGGUUUGAGUUCUAUAAGGAGCAUGGGCCUCCUUUGGGGUCGGGUAAGCCCUUGCUUCCGAGCCCGCUCUCUGGCGGAGGGUGGCAAACAUCGCCGCUGGCGGUGGCGAGUGCCACGAAAUGGAUGAAGUCACUCUUGAUCCGUGCGGGUUGUGACAGGUCUUCCGUUGAACCGCUUGGGACGCAUAGUCUCAAGGCAACGACCUUGAGUUGGAGCGCCAAAUUCGGACUACCCCGCGAGGUGAGAGCGGCCCUAGGCUACCACGCCAGGGGCCGUGAUGGGACCGAGCUCAUCUAUGGGAGAGACAACAUGUCUGCUCCUGUGCGCCAGCUGCAAGGGGUUCUGCUCGAAGUGUCGCGCGAAAGGUUCAUGCCGGACGCCACCAGGUCCGGUUACUUCGUGAAGCGCUUUGAAGAUCCAGAGGGGAUGCCCAUUCCUCCUGACGAGGUUUUGUCGGAAUCUUCUUCCGAGGCCAGCGAGGAUGCCGAGGAUGUCGAUCAUGUAGCUGCGGAGGCGGCCACCGACGAGUUGGGAAGGCAAUGGGAGCCCGAUGCAGGCUUGCGUGCCGAGCUUGAAGCAGUCCCUUUGUUCAGGAACAGGGACAGCCGUUUCAUUCAUGCUGUCGCAUCCGAAGAAGGCGACAAGUUCAGAUGUGGGAGAAACAUCUCGACCAGGUAUGAAAGGUUGUCCUCCGAGUGCAGUGAAAAGGAGCUUCUGAGAGUAUCACUAGCCCGGUUCCUGCUCCUGACGAUGGCGAACUACUCUGAGAGUCAAUCGGUUCUGCAGUCGCGAUUGAGUGUCGUGGGUUUCGCGGAAGAUGACGUUCAGAAAAUCCUGCCAGAGGUGGGAAACUUGAGGAGGCUGGCAUUCAUUUCUUCUUUCACACCUGGUCAGACUGACGAGGGGCCGUUGAUGCAGGUGUUGAAAGACAUUUUGAAGCGAGACCUGACAAUUGCAGACAAGGCUAAUUGGCGUGCGGUUUACAAUGAAGCUUUUGCCAUUGUGACCGCGGAAAUGAAGCAGAGGAUUGAGAAGGCCGACCCAGAGUCGACCGUCAGGCCUUUGUCUCAGCCUGAGAGGUCGGAGCGGUACGAGCGGCAGGCCAAGAAGCUUGUCGGGAUAUCACUUAAAGGGCCUCUGGAGCCUGCCGAUGCACUUGUUGAUCUUGCUGUGGCUUCCUAUGAGGCAAAUGAGCUGAGGUACAUUCCGUGGGACCGGUGUGUGUCCAAGGAAGCUGAAUUGGCUGGCGAGAAGAAACGUGAUGUCAGGUUCACUGUUGAGGAGUCUUCGGGAAAGCUUCGGAUCGAGCAUAAACAGCCUGAUCUGGUUGCGGAUACCUCAUCGGAGAUUCUUGUUCAGCAGGCUCUCACCAGGAGAGCUUUGGCCAUGGAUCAGGCGAACCUGAUCGAGUUCAGUGUUGCUGAUCAGUGGACUCAACGCUUGAUGAAGGCUCGCAUGCAAUCGCCUGCGGAGCAUUUUGCCAGGCCCACUUGGAAGCAGCUUGAGUCGGCGGACCGGCAGCUGUUUGCCGAGCUACGUGACAAGACCAGGGCAGGUGUGCAGACUGUCGCAUCGGGUCGCCCGUUGGACUCUCUCCUGCCCGAUGCGAUGUACAUGAACGAGGUGUCAUGCCUAUUGCAGCCUUUUCCAGCCCCUUCCAUGAAGGACGCUCCCCAGAAGCCGGAUGCUCCCAAGUGGGAGAGGCCUUCUCCUUACACCAAAGGUGGGGGCAAAGGAAAGAAAGGUAAGCAGAGGUUCAUGACAAGGUUGCCCGCUGGCUUGGAAGGUUGCAGGUCCCACACUAAUCGAGGGGACCCAAUAUGCUUUGCCUUCAACCUGGGUGGCUGCUCGACGAAGGGGCAGAAGUGCGAGAAAGGCUUGCACAUCUGUGCAGGUGCCUCGCUGAUGGCCGGUGCUCCAGAGAGUGUGCAUCAGCCGGCAGCGGAGGCCUCGCAGGUGGAUGAUCUCCUAGCGGGAGUUCAUCGGCCGAAAGAUGCAUGCACGGGUGGCUGUCCAACGAAAGGUGUGGAUUGUCGCCCAACUCCGAGUGUUGAUCGAGAGGAUCAUCACGAUCACAACGUUGGCUCGUACAGUGCCAUCGCUAGGCCCUCGCCGAGUGUGGUGGAGGCCGCACGCAGCAGGUCCCCAAAGCACCGUGAUGGGGCGGGGCCACAGAGCGGCAAAGCGAGUUCUUCACUUGACGAGGGUCAUGUGAGUGCUGCUGAUGUCCUUCGAGUCUUCGAUGGUCUUCCUUCAGAUGAUUUGAAAAGGGGUGCCACUGCUCCUCUCCCAACUUCAAAGUCUUAUGCCACAGGAGCGUAUGUUCUUGGGGGCAAUGUUGGCUUGAAGGCUAAUGCUUCAACCAGCCCAGAAGCGCUCGACGUCUUUGCAAGGUUUGUGAGGCAGAGCGUUCCGGGGUUCAAAUUUUCUUCAAUAAAUAUAUUCGAGGAUGUUCGCACUGAGCGCCACCGCGAUCAGUGGAAUGCAAAUUGGCAUAACCUGGCGAUUGCCCUGACAGAAUUUUCAGGUGGCGCCAUCUUUGUGGAGCACGAAGAUGGCCGGGAUGUUUCGUCCCUCAACGGUGCCCAGGGUUCUCGCCUGGCUGUUGCAGCGGGCCCCGUGCGAUUCAAUGCAAGGCAUUAUUGGCACUACACUGAGGCUUGGCAAGGCCGGAGGGUCGUGCUGAUAGCAUACACAAUCCGUCAUGUUGAAUCGCUGAGCAAGGAACAUCUUGAUUUUCUCCGGAGGUGCAAUGUUGAUGUUCCGACACGCGCGCCUGAGAGCGCGCGCCUGGCGCCUGCCCAGGUGUGUGGUCGUCAGCGGCCUUCCUCACCCUCUAAUGCAGCUCAGGUGUCGCUUAGGCCUUUGCCCGCUUCGGUUGCGCCCACCGUUAGCCCUAAGGAACCCAAUGGCGGCCCUGGAAGUCCUUUAAAGCCUGGUUCUGCUCUCUAUGUUGAAAUAAAGUGUGGUUCCGGUUUGCUAGCUGCUCGUGUGCGGCGAGAUGGAUUCCAAGUCAUGGCGCUUGAACACUCGCGCCCUGCUGGGAGGGUGCACAUCCACCUGGUCCCGGUGGACAUCGAAACUGAAUCGGGUUUCUCAUUUGCACAGACUGUCAUUGGCCAAGAUGCCCCUUUUCAUGUGCACUUCUUCCCGGCGACUAAGGAUUGUUUUAAGGCCUCUUUCGACGCAGUGCAAACCCUUCGCCUCGCCAAGCUCUUGCUCGCGUCUGACUUGCAUUGGAGUAUCUUGCAUCCCCUGGCGUCGGCCCUCUGGGGCCAGCUGGACUUGCCCGAUGCGGUGCACUGCCUCGAAUUUUGUGCCGGCUGCUACGGGGCUCCCAGCCCGGUAAAGAUGCGCAUGUGUACAACACAGCCCGCGCUGGCAGGCAUGCCCAUACCAGUGUGCCGCUGUCGCCAAAUGCCCCAUGUUGCGGGCUCGCUUGCGCCAGAUUCCUUGUACACACCGAAAUUCUGCGACGUUUUCGCUGGCCUCUUGCAGCUGUCGGUAGGCCAUGCCGGCCUCUUACUUGAACACGCUGUUCCGCUGCAAUGCUCGCGUCAUUCUGCAGCCGCUGCCGCGGGGCGACAGCCUCGAUUGUCAAAAUUCCAGCCACAGAUCGCCGAAUUUAAGUGCCAAGCCACGGUCCGUGAAUUCCCGUGGCCUCUCCCUUUGGAUGAUAAAGGUAAUCUUAAAUGUGCCAUCGGGUCGAUCCCUCCUGGCUCCCGCCUUCUUCGCAUUGUGUGUGAUCGGGGGGUUGUCGGUGCGAAGCAGGUCGGAAGCCUGUCAGGUGUGCCUUCGUCAGUUACUUUUGGCAUCUACCGCACAGAACAUGAGUUUGUGGCGCAGGCGUUGCAUAUCGAUCAUCCCUUCGACUUGUGCGUGGCAGUCCCGGAUUUCAUGCUGAGAGCCUUGGCUUUUACCUUGAAAGAGGGUCCGGUUGGCGUGAUGAAACACCGUCUGAAUCUGCUCCAGCAGUGGACUUCUUGGAAGCGUGAGCUGUCAAGUGCCGAAGCCGAGCUUCAUGCUGCCAUGGAUCCUGGUGUGGCAUCUGUGAUGAAAGGCAAGAAUAUUUUGCUUCUGGAAAAGAUUGCUUCAACUUUCGGUUGGCCUGACACGGAAGUGUUUGAUCACCUUAAGCAUGGUUUUCCUUUGGUCGGGGAGUCGAGCCCUUCCGGCAUUUUCGAUGUAGACAGAAAGCCGGCUCUGAUGACGCGUGCAGAGCUUGUGCAGCAUGCCAAGUUUCUUAAGCCGGCGCUGUGGGCAAAGGUGGCGAGCGCAGAGGUGGACGAUCUGGCUCGGGAGGUGUGGGAUUCCACACAACAAGAGAUGCUAGUCAAGGAGUGGCUGACGGGGCCUUACUCGUGGGACGAGCUGCAAGCCCGUCACCCCGAAGGAUGGCUUCCAGUGCGGAGGUUCGGCAUUGUGCAAAAGGCCAAGACGCGAUCGAUCGAUGACUUGGCCGAGAACUCGGUCAACCGCGCUUAUGCUGUCUCCGACCGGAUUGCUCUGAGAGCCCUUGAUGAACUGGUGUGGCUUGCGAUCACUCUUUUCAAAAUCUUCAUGGCGAAAGGCGAGGUGAGCAUUCCUUUGUCGGACGGUGAACAUCUUCGCUUUCCUGUGCAUUCCUUCUGGAGAGCCCUGAAGCCCGAGGCGCUUCAGCCGAGCUUGAAAACAGUGGAUUUGAAAAGUGCUUAUAAACAGUUGGCGGUCUCGCCACGAGAUCGUUGUCUGAGCAUAGUGACCAUCAAGGACCCGGUUUCGGGCCUUCCAUUCGGCUUCGAGAGCCGAACUCUUUUGUUUGGAGCCACCUCGUCGGUGGUUUCGUUCAACCGCGUUGCAAGGUUGAUCCAGAGGGUUCUGAUCACGUUGCAGGUGCUGGCCUGCAACUACUUUGAUGAUUACGGUGUUGGAGGUCUUGCCACUUUGCAACAACACGCAGUCGACCAUCAAAGCUGCUCUGGAUCUGCUGGGCUUCUCAUGAACUAUCUCCGCGCGUGCACGGAUGAGUUUUUAUUUUCCCUGCAAAACAAAUUUAUUUCGCUUUCGAAAUAA